AUGGAGACGAGCGGAGCAGAUUCUCAUUCCCUCCCUCCGCCGUACCUCCCCUUUCUCCCGCCGCCGUCGUCGUCCCCGCGCGGCUUUGACCUGAACAACCGCGUGAGCCCCAGUAUGCUCCUCAUCAUAAUCAUCCUGGCCGUCAUCUUCUUCAUCUCCGGCGUCCUCCACCUCCUCGUCCGUUUCCUCCUCCGCCCCCCUCCCCCCCUCCGCCGCGACCGGAGCUCCUCCGACCCCGUGACCGCCCUGGAGGGCCAGCUCCAGCAGCUCUUCCACCUCCACGACGGCGGCGUUGACCAGUCUUUCAUCGACUCCCUCCCCAUCUUCCCCUACAACUCCAUCAUCGGCGUCAAGGACCCUUUCGACUGCGCCGUCUGCCUCUCCGAAUUCGACCCCGACCACCACCUCCGCCUCCUCCCCAAAUGCAGCCACGCCUUCCACGUCACCUGCAUCGACACGUGGCUCCUCUCCCACUCCACCUGUCCCCUCUGCCGCUCCUCUCUCCUCCCCGACUUCCCCUCCGCCGCCGCCGCCGCCUCCGCCCGCUCCCCUGUCCUCCUCCUCCUCGAAUCCCGCGCCCACAGCUCCCGCGAUUUCCUCCCCUCCGACCACCACAAUCAAGCAAGCUCCUCCCAAUCCACCGACCAAAAAUCGGGCGAGAUUCAAAUUCAAUCCAAGGACAACGACGAGAAUCGGAAAUUUCCCGCCGGAAAAGUCUUGCCGGUCAAGCUCGGCAAGUUUCGAAACAUUAUCGGCGAAGGGAGCAACGGCCACGAUAACGAUGCGGGGCCGAGACGAUGCUUCUCGAUGGGCUCGUUCGCGUACGUAAUGGACGAGAGCUCGUCGCUACGCGUACCCAUAAGGACUACGCCGUGGAAAAAGACGCCAAUGCCCCUAACUCCGGGCCACCGGCCGGCGAUCUCGGAAUUUGAUGGCGGCGGCGGAGGAUUCGGCUCGUCAUGGAGGGAGUUCGUAAAGGGAGGAGUCGAGAGCGGAGAGAAGAUGAAUAGUUUUGAAUUUGGCGGUGAGGGGUAUAAUAGUAAAUUGUCAUCAUCGGUGGCUAAUAAGAAGGAGAGCUUCUCGGUUUCGAAGAUUUGGAUGAGGUCGUCCGGGAGGAGGGAGGAGUUAUCGUCGAGACGGGCGUUUUCGUUUCGGUUUCCGGUUAACAACAAUCGGUGGGGGAGCGAAGAUGGGGAGAGUUUGGAUUCGGAGGCGAACGUGAGGUCGUCGUUUGCAAGGAGGACGUUGUUGUGGAUUAUGGGGCGGCCGAGCAAGGUGGUUCAUCACUCGUCCGACCCUUCUUCGACUGAUGUCGUUAUUGUUUAG